AAAUAUUUCUAUUUUUACUAUUUUAAUUUCGGUUGUCGAAAUUACUUUUGUAUGCGUGCUUGUCGUUUUGAUAACUUUAUCAUAUCAUUAGUCUCAAUAAAUCUAUGAUCCUAAUGCCUUAAUUAGAUUGUUGUUCUUGUUUUUCAGAAAAAUUGGAUCGAUGCAGUGAUCAAUAUGAAAUAAUUGAUAAAUCUCUUCCGUUCAAUAUUUCAUGAAUUGCAAAUUAAAUCUUUUAAUGACGAUAUCAAACUCCAACUAAUCUUUUGAAUAAAAUAUCGCUUUUAUCGCGAUAUUUUUCUAAAACCAAAUUAAACUUUAUAUCUACAUGUAAUUUUUAGAAAUCGUCAGUUAUCAGUCUCGUUAAUUAUAAGCAGAAUCCAAUUCCAACUGAAUAUCUAAGUGAAAUACGAAUAAUAAACCCUUUGAAGCAGAGAUGAACGAAAUACGUGAUCAUUGAAAUGAAAUAAACACGAUCUCACUCAAACAAUCCGCAGUGGGAAUAGAUGUAGAAAAACGCGUAAGUCGUUCAGUAAGUCACUACUCAUGCGCAGUUGAAUAACUUUAAUCUUUCUUCCGGAUGACGCCGCGCGCGCAAAUAAACGGCAAGCAGGCAAUUGGUGAACAGUGACGCCAGCCCAUCGCCGACGCAUGCGCGACGUCUAUCGCCUUCGUUACUACGUUUGAAUUUUGGCAUCUUGGCGUCUCAGAGGGCCCAGCUGUGCUCCAAGUUCUCUGGCGGCCAUUCAUGCUCCGCGCUGUUGCCGCCACGGCGGCCAGAGAGUAGUCGAUCCUCGUCCUUGUUUUUGCUGUUGUGGGCCGACUGGGGAGCGCGCGCGCAAUUCGGAGCAAAUACAAGCAAGCACUCUUUAGAAGAUAAUAAUACUGGUGGCGUCGCUUCUCAGACCAAAAAUCAAAUACGGAGAGUUAACGAGCAGGAAAGAUUGCCAUAACCUAAUUUUGCACACCGUCUUCCUCUGAGGUAUAAAGUCGAGUGAGCGCGAGGGACAGAAAGAGAUAAAACUCGCACACCGGUUCUUACGUGUGCGCCGGCUACUUCCUAUUUUCUGUCACUCUGGUCGUUCCCGCAACAUCGUCGUCAUCCGAGAUAAGACACGGACAACAGCAGCGUCGACGAUACCUACGGAUAUUCACAUGGCUAGAGCUGGCGCCAGAGCCACAGCUAUUUCAGUAUCCGCGCUUGCUUCGCUUGCUUGGCGCGCCGAGUACCUAGUAGAAAAACUGGGACGUUAGUGAGAAGUGUAGAAGAGCGAGAGAGACAGAGAGAGCCACCCGUAUCGCGAGGAGAUAUAUAUAUGUUGUGUAUUAGCAUUACAAUAUAGUAUAGCAUAGCCAGAGAACGGAUUAGAUUGAUUUUGCAAAUCCGAUCUAACGAGUAAAGAAGUGUAGCAAGCAUCGCGAAAGUUUUCAAUUCGGAGCUGCAGAGCACUUGCACGGUUAUCUGUCCGUGAACGUUUGGUUCUUAUCUACGUAGUUGACGAAAAAAGGCUGCCUACCGAGAUUCUGUCUACAUUAAUUUACGCGUUGCUGCAUCGCUUGAAAGAUGCCAAGGAUUCCUUCAUUUGAUCGAUGGAAAAUGAUGUCAAAAUAAUAAAAAGAACAGCGCAUUAGUGAACUGAUCUUGUGUGAGAAUUAUAUAGUACCGUUAUGGGGGCAUUUUUAGAGACGCCUAAAACAGAUAAGUACAAUGAGCAUGGAGAAGGCAACAGACUCAAGUAUGGAGUUGCCAGCAUGCAAGGCUGGCGACCGGAGAUGGAGGAUGCACAUCAAGCCGUAACUGGCCUUGAGGGUGGUCUCUCAGACUGGAGUUACUUUGCUGUAUUUGAUGGUCAUGCUGGCGCACUAGUAUCAGCGCAUAGUUCAGAACAUUUGUUAGAGUGUAUUUUACAAACAGAAGAAUUCAAAGCUGAAGAUGUGAUAAAAGGUAUACAUUCUGGUUUUCUCAGUCUAGAUGACAAAAUGAGAGGUCUUCCACAGAUGAGUGAUGGAACUGACAAAUCUGGCUCUACUGCAGUGUGUGCAUUUAUAUCACCAAAAAACAUCUACAUAGCUAACUGUGGAGAUUCGCGAGCAGUUCUCUGUCGGUCGGGCAAUCCAGUGUUCUCAACACGUGACCACAAGCCAGUGUUGCCCGCAGAGAAGGACAGAAUCAAGAAAGCCGGUGGCAACGUGAUGAUUCAGCGAGUAAACGGUCUGCUCGCUGUGUCGCGUGCUCUUGGUGAUUACGAAUACAAAAAUGUCGAAGGACGUGGACCAUGUGAACAACUGGUGUCGCCUGAGCCGGAGAUAUUUGUGCGUGAUCGUGAUGAUGAUCAUGACGAGUUUCUGGUAUUAGCUUGCGACGGUAUCUGGGACGUUAUGUCCAAUGAAGACCUGUGUGACUUUAUACACUCCAGGCUACUGCUCACUGACGAUUUGGAGGCGGUCACUAAUCAAGUUAUAGAUACUUGUUUAUAUAAGGGUAGCAGAGAUAAUAUGAGCAUAGUGUUGAUCACGUUCCCAGGAGCUCCUAAGCCAAAUCCUGAGGCAAAGAAAAAGGAAGCAGAGCUCGACAUGCUCAUUGAGAGGACAAUUAAAGAUAUAGUUUCAGAAGAAGAAGAGAAAAAGGACUUUGAAUUCAUGACACUUAUCCAGAGGCUUGUGGAACAGGGCAUACCCAAUUUGCCUCCAGGAGGUGGAUUUCCUGCAAAGCAAAAACUCAUUGAGAGUGUAUUUCGGAAAGUAUGUCCUAGCCGAGCGGACAGUAUAAGUCUUACAUACGAUUUUCUCCAAUACAAUUAAUGGCUGAUUUUUAUCCUGACCGGGAGCAUGAAUACAUAGAAACCAAUCAAGUUUUACAGAAAUUCCGAACGAACAUAGUGUAUCCUCGGUUGCAAUGAUAAAAUUUUCAAACAAUGUCAUUGAGUAGAGUUGACAUCUCAUGUCGAUAAAAAUUUUCCGCUAAUAUUUUUUUCAGUAAAUAAUUUGUCGUUUGUACAAUCUUAGUGUAUGUAUACAUGGGGAUAAGCCUUAACUCAGGCAAAAACAUUUUGUCUUUAUAUUAUAACUUGUCGAAUCAAAUUUACAAUAUUUAUUUGCGUUUAUCUAUCUUUGAACCAUAUACAGGCAAAUAUAAUAUACUUGUUAGAUUUUACCUUUUAAUUUUCAUUUCAGUCAUCGGAUUAGUGGAAUAAAUUCAUACACAUACAUGGAAAAAAUGUAUUCAUUAUAGGAUGCGAUAAUCAUUUUAUUUUUUAAGUAUAAUGCCAUCGUCAAUUUUUAAUUUUGUACUUUUACUUUUUAACUUUACGAAUCUUUUUAUUCUAAACUAAACUGUCUUUAUCAAUCAUAUAAAAAAAAAAUAUAUAUUACGAAAAAUUACUGGAUUAUUCGAUUAUUUAUUAUUUUAGAUUUAAAAAUACUAAAAUAUAAUUUUUUUCCAAGAAAAAUCACUAAUUUGAAUGUCCAACGAUUUACAUGCCUAUUUGGAAAUUUUAUAUAUUUUCCUUGCAUUCAAGAAAUUUUAUUGCGGUUACUGUAUGAAAAAAAAUUUGUUCAAUUAAAAAUUGUACAGAUGUGUGUCGAAUAAGAAUCAAGAUUACAUCUGAACGUAUUUUAUACAAAAAAGAGAGUACUUUGUAAGCUUUUUGUAAGAAAAACUGUUAAGUGAAAAAACAUUUUUUUUUAAAGUCUAAUUGAGUAAAUAAUCAUGUUUUAUGAUGUAUGAACUAUUUUAAAUAAGACUCAUUAGACUUCUUUUUUAAUUUAAAUUGAAUACAUAGAUACCACCUUUUAAAUAUGAGAAAUUCUCCGAUAAGAAAAAUUUUUUUAUUAGAAACAAAACAUAAGAGUACGAAUCAAUGUAAUCUAGAAUUCUAUUGAAACUGUAAAAACAUGUUUCUAUGGUUUCCUCUGCUAUGUCCAUGUGAAAAACAACAUGUGUAAUACAUUACGAUGCGCUAGAACAUACAUAUAUUUUUGUAGUUUUAGGGACUUGCGCUCACAAUACUUAUAUCCCACAUUUCAUGACGAUUGUGACAUUUUAAUGAAUAGAGACAAAAACAUAAACAAUAUCAAACCGAACAAUUUAAAAAAUUACAUUUCGAAUGUACACCGCAAAGCGACAGCAUUUAUGUACAGCAGGACUGGUGAAAAAUUCACGUAGCUGUAGAAGUACUGUAUGUACAUAUGAAGAAACAUACACUAAGAGUUGCUGAAAAAUCGAAAGUAACUUUUCAUAAAGCGAAAUACAUAGAAAGUUGACAUGGGUUGGGACAGAGGCCUUGAGCUUUAAUUUUGUUAGAAAUUUUUAGAACGUUUGUUCAAUUCUAUAUUUCAUAAAAAUUUUGUUAUUUACGUCUCAGCUACGUUACGAUCUAAUUGCAUUCAAAUAUUUGGUUUCAAAGUGUGCGAAUAUAUCUUGUUUUUCAAUUUUAUCUGUUUUAUUAUACUAAAUCUUUUAUUGCGUCAAUCUUGUUGAGAAUAUCAUUUCAGACAGAACUUUUACUUCAUUUUCAUCAACGUAAUUUUUUUGUCGAUGUAGAUUUUAAGGGAAUCAUUUCAAAUCCAAUUACGCAUUAUCACAACUUGCUUCAUGCGAGCAAACAUAAGGUCUUAUACAAGCCUACUAAACUAUUAUUUCUAUUGGAGUGUAACUAAUUAACAAUUACUUAAUACGAUUUCGUCAUACUUUUCUAUUCAUAUAUUUUUAUGAUUGCAACCAGUAAUAAAUUUUUACAAAAAUCUUAAUUCUAUUAGGUUUCUGUAUGUAAAUAAUCUGCUUAUUUUACGAAGUCCUUUUCUGAGUGUUAUGAUAGAAAAAGAGCUUGACUUACAGUGGUAUUGUUUGAAUUAUAUAUUUGGAUAUUUCCUCAUCCAAGUCUGGCUAAACAAAAUUGAAUUUAGUUAUCUUAACUUGGAUUUUAGGAAUACAUGGUAUCGCAGAGAGAGAAACUAGUACCUUUCAGAUUAGGACUAUUUUUUAUAAAAUAAGAAUUAAAUAUUGAUAAUGAAUAUCGAUGAAUGGUUAAAAAACUACCUAGUGUUUUGACGAUUUUUAUCAACAAAUCGUUAAGUAUUUAAUUUGUAUACUCGUCAAGACUAAUUGUUUUAAUUAAAAAACCGUGAAAACAUUGUACAGGCGACGACUUACGCAUUUCUUUUUUUGCAAUUUGUUCACUCGCACAAGAGAGUAUCUAAAUAUCAUACUUUUCACAUGCACUUAAAAAUAUAAAUGUUACAAAAACUAUUGGUUCAUGUAGAUAAAAAAACAGGUCAUCUUACAUAAAAAUUGUUGUAUUAUCAUUAUGAUCAAUGGGAUCUAACAUCAUAGGGAGUGUGGCAUCAUAAAAAUAAAUUUGUAAUUGAAACUAGAAAAAUAUUCAAUUUUUUUUUCUCAAACUUCGAUGCAUUGCUGUUACGUUCCUCUAAUUAUAAUUUUUAAUUAUAUUUAUAAAGGUCUAAAAAAAUAACAUUACUUUUUAUUUUCGUACAAUCAAUCCUGCCAAGCCUAUAUAAUUUUCCUCUUUAUACCUUUUACCUGAAAAUAAUGUUUUUUAGAUACAAAAAUUGCGACAUUUGAAAUCUGUAUAGAAUCAAGUGUGAAUUUAUUUAGGUCAUUUAUCAAAAUAUAAGUUGGUUUAUCUGAUCAUUUAAUUUUUACAAAAAUUUAAAAAUAUUUGGACCUAAAGGGUAUCGUGGAUUCGUUCAAUAUUAUAUCCAGAAAGAAUGAAUUUAAUUUACUGAAAGAUUAUCUAAAAGUACUAUAACUAUAUAGUAAUUCAUUAUAUUGUAAUAAAUAAAUUUUGAGAAAAAAUGACUAGAAUUAAUUUUUUGCAAAGAAGUAGAAUAAGAUCAACUGAAAUCAAUGAACUAAGCUGAUAUUUUCUAUUUUUACUAGAAGUUUUAUGUAUAAAUGUAUAGGGAAUUGAAAUUGAGAUUCAAACAAGAGCAAAUAUUUUUAAUAACUUUAUUAUUUUAUAACAAUGUUCUUCACUAAAUUGCUUCUCUGCACAAGUACCUUCGAGUAAUAUAAAUAACGCGUACAAGAAAUAUUUAGUUAUUAAUUUUUAAAUAAAUUAAUUAAUACGCGAUUGUAUCACACUUUAAUCAACAAGUAAUGUUAGCAUGGUUAAAAAAAGUUAUUAAACGUGAGGAAAAUGCAAGAAAAUGUAUGCACUAUUCAUCUUUACCUGUUUCAACUGAUAGUAUUGCUUAGACUCGAUUAAAUCUCCCUAUUAUUUACUGUCAAGGAAAUUGAUAAUUUUCUUUACACAAUUAUAAGGCAGGACAUUUCCAGUGAGUUAAAUCCAUGCUGAUUUGGCUGCUCCUAAUAAAGUCUUUCUAUCAGUUUUAUUACAGUAUCUGUAACAAAUUAAAAUAUGUCAAUCUGUUAAGUUUAAAAAAGUAGUAACAUAAUCACAUCAAUUAUUGAGAAUAUGUAAAUAAUUUUUACUAUUACUUUAAGUUUUUAAUAAGAUAAAGUGAAAGUUAAACUUCACCAAUCAGUUAAAAAAUAAUUAUUGCUGACGCUUGGAAAACAUAUUUUAGUGUAUAACUAUUAUACAUACUCAAUAUUUACAUUAAAAAACAGAGUAAUGUUAUUAAUUAAUAGAUCGUGUAAUUCUGUCUUUCCU